CAGCUGUCUGCUGGAGGGCUUCUUGGACGUAGACUGCGUUUGGAAACGAGAAUAUGAUUCUUCGGCACAUGUUUGACGUGUCGGUUUUCACGGCUACCAUGUGGAAGGUAUCGCUCUUCGCCUUCUUGCUUACCCUUGCAACAAUGUUAUCUGAAGGAGCAGCAACAUCACAACAGUCUGGUGCCCACGUGCAGCGUUCCCUGACAUCACCCAAGCGAGGCGUCGUGUACCUUCCAGUGCUGCCCGAGUCCGCGCGUCGCCAUAAGAAUCGCGAUCGUCACAGGUUACUCGUGGGAUCACCCAAGCCAGGAGAGAAAAAGCGCACAACGCGACUCACCACCCCUGCGACAACUCCUCGACAUGGAAAGGAUGAGGAGGAGGAAAGGACUCUGAUACAAUGCCUGACCGACGAACCGAUGGCAUUCUGCUACGCGUUCUGUAGGGCGUCUUACCACUCCGAUGGAUGGUGCGACCAGUCUGGAAAUUGUGAAUGCACUAGCUAUCGCAAAGAUAAUUGAAUACAGAUUGUCUCUGACGGCA